AUGAGGGUGUUCCAGAAAUGGGUGUGUGUGCUGGUUUUGAUGGGGGUGGUGCUGCUGAAUCUGAGUUUAGAGUGUGUUGGUAAUGGUGAUGGGAAAGUUGAAAAGGAUUACUGGAGGGAUGACGACUGUAGGUAUUCACGCCGAGGCUGCUAUGGGGGCAGGUUUGGGCGCGGCCCGGGCGGAUGGGGCCGCGGCCCGGGCCGCUUUGGUCGAGGGCCGGGCUAUGGAAGAGGCGGAGGACUUGGAGGUGGUGGGGGUUUGGGAGGCGGCGGAGGGCUUGGAGGUGGUGGUGGUUUGGGAGGCGGAGGAGGACUUGGGGGAGGUGGUGGUUUGGGAGGCGGAGGAGGACUCGGAGGUGGUGGUGGAUUGGGAGGCGGGGGAGGUGCGGGAGGUGGUGUGGGUGGAGGUGGAGGUUUAGGUGGUGGCGGAGGAGCGGGUGGGGGUCACGGCGGAGGAUUCGGGGCUGGCGGAGGAGUUGGUGGAGGUGCGGGAGGAGGUGUUGGAGGAGGUGGCGGUUUUGGCGGUGGAGGAGGAGGGGGGCUUGGUGGAGGCCAUGGUGGGGGGUUUGGAGCUGGAGGAGGAGUUGGGGGAGGGGCUGGCGGUGGUGCUGGUGGUGGAGGGGGAGGAGGAGGUGGUGGUGGAGGAGGAGCGGGAGGAGGUAGUGGUGGAGGAUUUGGAGCCGGUGGAGGAGUCGGCGGUGGUGCUGGGGGAGGUGUUGGCGGAGGAGGUGGAUUUGGGGGUGGCGGAGGAGUAGGUGGCGGUGGAGGUCAUGGAGGAGGCUUUGGAGCCGGAGGAGGUGUAGGUGUUGGUGGAGGAGCCGGCGGUGGGGGCGGCGGCGGAGGCGGUGGAGGUGGUGGUCGUGGGGGUGGAUUUGGUGGAGGAGUUGGCGGCGGUGCUGGUGGAGGACUCGGCGGUGGAGCUGGUGGGGGUCUUGGUGGCGGAGCCGGCGGAGGUCUUGGCGGUGGGCACGGCGUGGGAGGUGGUGGAGGGUUGGGAGUUGGCAUCGGCAUUGGGGUCGGGAUAGGAGUUGGCGGCGGCGCUGGCCACGGAGUUGGAGUUGGCGGCGGCAGCGGCGGCGGCGGUGGAAAAAGAUGA